UCAAAAAGACUAUACCAAAACUUAUCACAACAGCCAUAGCAAUUAAACUUGAUGAGUAUUGGCAAAAAUUGAAUCAAUCAUCCUUUAUGAUUGCUCUACUCAAUCCAAAUAUUAAACUUUCAUUAUAUGAUGCAAAAAAACAACAUAAAGCUCAACAAUAUAUAGAAAAUCUCUAUUCAAAAUAUAUUACCUCUAAUGCCAGUUUAUCAUCCCAAACUGAUACUUUAUAA